GGCCGCGGUGCUGCUUGGGUAGCAUCCGUGGUUACUGUUGCUAGGGCAAUGGGUCUCAGCAGGAGGCGUGAGUAGAAAGUUUUGGGGUGACCUAACUCGGAAAGGUCAAGGGUCAGUGUGGAGUCUCCGCUGGUGAUGGUGAAGCAGACGAUCCAGAUUUUCGCUAGGGUGAAGCCCUCGAUGCGGAAGCAGCAACAAGGGAUUUAUUCUAUAGAUGAAGAUGAAAAAUUAGCAUCUACCUUGGAAAUUCUCUUACCCCGAGAUCUGGCGGACGGAUUUGUGAAUAAUAAGCGAGAAAGCUACAAGUUCAAAUUUCAAAGGAUAUUUGACCAAGAUGCAAAGCAAGAGAUUAUUUUCGAAGUCAUUGCCAAACCAGUCGCUGAGAGUGCCUUGGCAGGUUACAAUGGUACCAUCUUCGCAUACGGGCAGACAGGCAGUGGCAAGACAUUCACCAUCACAGGUGGGGCUGAACGCUACAGCGACAGAGGCAUCAUCCCAAGGACUCUGUCAUAUAUUUUUGAGCAGUUGCAAAAGGAUAGCAGCAAGAUCUACACAACACACAUUUCUUACUUGGAAAUCUACAAUGAGUGCGGCUAUGACCUGCUGGACCCGAGGCACGAAGCCUCCAAGCUGGAAGACCUGCCGAAAGUGACAAUACUGGAGGACCCUGACCAGAACAUUCACCUGAGAAACCUGUCUCUCCAUCAGGCAACAACUGAGGAGGAAGCUUUGAACUUGCUCUUCUUGGGGGACACCAACAGGAUGAUUGCAGAGACUCCUAUGAACCAAGCUUCAACCCGCUCACACUGUAUUUUCACUGUUCACUUGACCAGCAAGGAGCCGGGAUCUGCCACUGUCAGGCAUGCUAAGCUCCACUUGGUUGACCUGGCAGGGUCAGAACGUGUUGCGAAGACUGGAGUCGGGGGCCUGCUUCUGACAGAGGCCAAGUAUAUCAACUUGUCACUACACUACCUGGAGCAGGUCAUCAUUGCCCUUUCGGAAAAACACCGCACACACAUCCCUUACAGGAACUCCAUGAUGACCAGCGUGCUCAGAGACAGCCUGGGAGGGAACUGCAUGACCACGAUGGUCGCCACCCUCUCUGUAGAAAAGAGGAACAUUGAUGAGUCCAUCUCUACCUGCAGAUUUGCUCAGCGAGUGGCCCUCAUCAAAAACGAAGCCAUCCUCAAUGAAGAAAUUGACCCCAAACUGAUGAUUAUCCGCUUGCAAAAGGAGAUUGCAGACCUGAAGGUGGAGCUGGCCAUGGCCACAGGGAAGUUGAGGCUAGACGAGCUCACGGAAGCAGAACUCCACCAGUUGGAAAAAUUAAUAGCAUCCUUUUUGGAGGACAAAGAUCCAGAAAGUAGACUAGAAGUUGAUGCCGAUAUGCGCAAAAUCCAUUACUGUUUUCAUCAUUUUAAGAAGCUGUUGAGUGAGAAGAACACCAUAAAGAACACCACCUCCUCUGAAACCACCCGCCAAGCCUGCCAGGAGCCAUUGGAAGGUGAGGAAUACACAAAGCUCCGAGACCUUCUCAAGCAGAGGGACAAUGAAAUCAAUAUCCUGGUCAACAUGUUAAAAAAGGAAAAGAAGAAAACCCAGGAUGCCCUGCACUUAUCGAGCAUGGAGAAGAGUGAAGGCAGGCCACCCCAGAACUCACCCUUCACCCCAGGCUCCUCAGCCCUUAGCCAGACCCAGGACCUCAGCAUCUGCAGGCGCAGAUCCGGUUUGCUCCGCAGAAAAACAGGAAUGAGAGAGGAGAUGUCACUGGGAUGCCAGGAGGCUUUUGAAAUUUUCAAGAGGGACCACGCUGACAGUGUCACCAUCGAUGACAAUAAGCAGAUUCUGAAGCAGAGAUUUUCUGAAGCAAAGGCUCUGGGAGAAAGUAUAAAUGAAACAAGAAGUAAAAUUGGUCAGCUGAAGGAUGCCAUCACCCAGCGGCACCUACAGCAAGUAGCUCUUGGAAUCUCAGAGAACACAGCCACACCCUCCAUGCCUGACCCCCAGGAAGAGAAACUGCGCUCACAGCUGGAGGAGGAGAAGACUAGGUACAAAACCACGUUCCUGCGCCUGAAGGCCCUCAAGGUGGAGAUCGAACACCUGCAGCUGCUCAUGGACAAAGCCAAAGUGAAGCUGCAGAAGGAGUUCCAAGUCUGGUGGGCCGAGGAGGCUAGCAACCUGCAGGUAAACUCCCCAGCCAUGAAUCCCCAGGAGCGCCUGAAGCCAGUUUGCCAGCAGGACCAGCCACAGCUUCUCUCCAAGAAAAGUGCUCAAGGCUGGGAAGUUGAAGAUGUCGUUGGCAGUCUGGAUGUCGGUGAUGGGAAUUCCAGAAGAAUCCUCCCCUCCCCGUGUCCCAGUCAGCACAGCCAAGGACCCAGUGGCUCCGGGACCCAGCUGCAAGACAGUGUCCCCGAAAGGCCAAUGUCAUCCAUCCCUCUCACUGGGGACAGCCAGACCGAUUCUGACAUCCUGGCAUUCAUCAAGGCCAGACAGAGCGUUCUGCAGAAGAAAUGCCUGGGAAGCAACUGACUUUCUGAUGGGAGCCCCACCCUGUUCUGCAGACAGAAUGACUGAUGUGAAGAUGACGACCCUGACCCUCGCUAGUGACCUCAGAUAGGACACAAAGCCACCCAGAGCAGAUGGCAAAUUUGGGACCAGAGGAGGAGAGCUGUGCUUCUGUGAGGACAGUGUCCGGGAGAGCACAGGAUGGGUGGUCCUGACUGAGCUGCCAAGAAGCUGAGGCCAAGGCUGGGUUGCUGCUCACUGUCACGUUUAUAAGAACCCCAGCGAGUGCAGGCCGGGUCAUCCCAGGCGGUGCACCACAGGAGGGUAACAAUCCAGGAUCUAUAACUGUCCGCCAGUCACCACCCGAGUCUACUCCCGGCUCAGAAGCCCAGGAAUGGCUAUGGCAGGCCAGGGAGGGCUUCAGAGCCCCAGAUAAGACAGUCGAAUGUAGGUACCUCAAGGGCCAGUGUCUCGACCCAGACGCUUCACCGUCACCCACUUGUCCUGCCCGCAGGGAGCUAUGUAUCCUUGCAGUCCGAGACUAGUGGGAAGCUCCCCAGAAUUCUGCAGGCAUCAGUACCUUGAGCCAUCUCCCCUACCCCAAGCUGUGUGGGGUUCUGCAAAACUAAGGCCCAAACUCCCUGUCCCCACAGGGGGACCCAGUGAUCCUGCCUCAGGGCCCUCCCAUCCUUUCACAACCUGGCUCUGUGACUUGGACUAGGGGCAUGAAGGGGAAGGAGCACAGUCAGCAGUGGCCCGUGUUGUGUUCCCAGCACAGCUACGGGGCAGGAAUAGGCGCCCAGAAAUGAUGACAACUGAAUAAAAAUACCCUCUGCUCCUA